GUGUUCGAGUUAAACGAUGUCUAAACGCUCAGCCGCCGAAAACUCAGUUGUAUCUAGCGAGGGGCAAGCGUUUCAGAAAGCAUCGGCCAGUGGCUCGAAACGCGAUAAUGUCGCAAAUAAUGAGAUGGGUGAGUUCGAGGAUGCUUGGGAGGAUGAGAUCGAAGGCGAUGAGGAAGUAGUAGACGGAGGUGCAAGCGAGGGUGGAGAGGAUGGAAUGGACGUUGACGAGGUGUUACCCGCGAUCGAAGAAUCAGACGAGCAACCAUCUGCACCUGAUGUAUUCAUCCCAGGGACGCACAUGCUCGGAAACGACGAGAUUUUAGAACCAGAUGACUCCGUAUACGUUAUGCGGCACUCGAUGAAUGUUAAUUGGCCGUGUCUCUCCUUUGAUGUUUUACGAGACAGCCUAGGAGAUGAGCGGCAGCGAUACCCGGCCACGGCUUACUUGGUCAGUGGUACGCAAGCUGAUUUGGCCAAUAAGAACGAGCUUGCGGUUUAUAAAAUGAGUUCAUUGCAUCGAACACAAACGGACGGAGACGAAUCUCAUUCUGAAGACAACGAUCAAGACGACGACAAUCUCGAUGAAGAUGCCAUCCUGGAAUACAGAUCAGUUCCUCACAUCGGAGGUGUCAAUCGCGUCCGAGCGCAGCCUCUACCUCCCUCGCAUCCCCUUCUUCCAGUAUCUCAGCCUUAUUAUGCCGCUACCUGGGCCGACACUGGAAAAGUACAUAUAUGGGACAUCAGACCGCUCAUCGAGUCACUGGAUGUCCCAGGUUACUCACUUGACAAGUCAAGAAGUGGAAAACCAGCAUUUACGAUAAAUUUGCAUGGAUGCGUAGAAGGUUUUGCAAUGGACUGGGCAUCGUCUGGCGAAGCCAACCCAUCGUCUCUACGGCUCCUCACCGGAGACAUACACUCGAAAAUUUAUCUGACAACAUCCACACCGUCUGGGUUCAAUGCUCUUUCUCAGCCUUUCACAUCGCACACGUCGAGUAUCGAGGAUCUCCAAUGGAGUCCAUCAGAGCCUACCGUCUUUGCCUCUUGUUCUGCCGAUUGUAGCGUGCAAAUUUGGGACGUCCGGAGUAAAGGACGUCAGAGCGUGGCCGGUAUUCAGCCUGCUCACGAGAGCGACGUUAAUGUUAUCAGUUGGAAUAAAAACGCAGGUCAUCUUCUUCUCAGCGGUGGUGAUGAAGGUGGUAUCAAGGUAUGGGAUUUACGGAGCAUGCAGAAGAAGGGGACACCUUCUCCAGUGCCAUUACCAGUGGCAUCUUUCAACUGGCAUCACGCGCCCAUCACGUCUAUUGAGUGGCAUCCGAUGGAGGACUCCGUCUUCGCUGCUUCUGGAGCAGACAAUCAGGUAACACUUUGGGAUCUCGGCGUAGAGCAAGAUGACGAUGAGUCUGGUGCGAUGGACGAUGUGCCUGAAUGGGGACGCAUGGUACCUCCUCAGUUACUCUUCGUACAUCAAGGUCAAAAGGACGUCAAGGAGCUGCAUUGGCAUCCUCAGAUUCCCGGAACAGUCAUUAGUACCGCUCUGGAUGGCUUCAAUAUAUUCAAAACUAUAUCUGUUUGAGACCGGCAGAUGUAGACGUACCUUUGGGUAUACUACUCAACACCUAGAGUAGACAAAAGGAUGCAUUCACGAGAUUUAUAGCAAGAGUGUAUUGCUGAAAUUUCCAUGUUACGGAUGUUAGGAAGUAAUUAUCAUGCAAGGAAACACUAAGAUAAAGGAACAAUUGGAACU